CAUGAAAUUUAGUCAAUAUUAUUCGAUAGCCCAGACCCGCGUUUGGGAUCGGUGCGAGGACGUCUUUAAAAGAGAAUCCAAGAUGAGUGUUUUCAGCAACAAACGCUUGCUAGUCGUCGGAGCUCUAGGAUUGGGCGCUACAGCUUUCGCGGCUUUGAAGUUUUUCUCGAGUGGGAGGAGCUUUGGGCGAUAUGUCAGUCAUCGUACCUUCCACGCGAUGGAUGAUUACCCGGAUCUGCGCACCCAUAACAACUGCAUGGCCAGACACCUGUCGCCUCGCUUGUACACGAAGCUGAAGGAUAAGGUCACUCCUAAUGGAUACACGCUGGAUAUGGCGAUACAAACAGGAGUUGAUAAUCCCGGCCAUCCGUUCAUAAGCACUGUAGGACUUGUUGCUGGUGACGAGGAAUCUUACGAUGUGUUUGCCGAUCUCUUCGACCCCGUCAUCGAGGAGCGCCACAACGGCUACAAGAAGACGGACAAGCACGUGACGGACCUGAAUCAUCGCAAGCUGAAGGGCGGUUCCUUUGAUGAGAGGUAUGUACUGUCGACACGGUGCAGGACGGGAAGGUCCAUACGAGGAUUCAGCUUACCACCUCAUUGCACACGCGCAGAAAGACGCUCCGUUGAGAAGGUCGUGGUGGACGCCUUAGACCAGCUCGGAGGCGACUUAUCUGGUACGUAUUACCCUCUGGGUAAAAUGACCAAUGAAGAGCAAGAACAACUCAUCAACGAUCACUUCCUGUUCGACAAGCCCGUCUCCCCUCUUCUGACGUGCGCUGGAAUGGCACGGGACUGGCCCGACGCCCGCGGGAUCUGGCAUAACAAAAACAAGAACUUCUUGGUGUGGGUGAACGAGGAGGACCACACUAGACUCAUCUCCAUGCAGAAAGGCGGGGACAUGAGGGCGGUCUUUGAGAGGUUCUGCCGGGGACUGAACCAGGUGGAGGCUUCGAUAAAGAAGAAAAAUCAUGAGUACAUGUGGAAUGAGCACCUCGGUUACAUCCUCACGUGUCCUAGCAACCUGGGCACUGGCCUACGCGCAGGCGUACACGUCAAACUACCGCUGCUCGGAAAGCACGCGAAGUUUAACACGAUUCUGGACUCGCUGCGGUUACAGAAGCGAGGCACAGGUGGGGUGGAUACAGCGGCCGAGGGUGGAAUCUUUGACAUCUCAAACUCUGACAGACUCGGAUUCUCCGAGGUGCAGCUUGUGCAGAAGGUGAUUGACGGCGUCAGCCUGCUCAUCCAGAUGGAGAUGCGACUUGAGCGCAAUCGCCCGAUCGACGACCUCAUCCCCUCGGCCUGAGCACCCAGCCCUCACAUACUUGACCAAAUGACCAAGAACACGGUGAAAUUGAACCACGUAAAUGCAAGAGAGAUUUGUCUGGAUAAUGUAUAAACAGGAUUUGUCAAAUUACUCUUUCUGAGGAAGCUUUAACCAGGAAUGUCCGUAAAACAUUAAAACAUGACGUCUGUAAAUAACUAGAACAAUAAAUCAACUUAUGAAAA